AUGGCGAAGUCUGAUGCAAUAAUUUUUAAAYAUUUGGAAAUUAAUAGUCAAUGUGCAGUUUGUGGCAUUAGUGCAAGUAGUAAAUGUGCAGCAUGCACAUUGGUUGUAUAUUGUUCAAAGGAACAUCAAAAAGCUCAUUGGAAACAACAUAAAAAUGAAUGUAUAGCUUAUGAGUUACAUAUAGAUUCUAUUGUAGGUCGUCAUCUGAUAGCUAAACGUAUUAUUAAUCCAUCUGAAAUUAUAAUUCAAGAAGAACCAUUAGUUAUAGGUCCUAAGUUUCCAACUUCAGAACCAAUAUGCAUUAAAUGYUUACAACGWUUGAAAAGAUCAGAGUCUGUAGUUGAGUCUUUGUGUGAAAAGUGUUUAUGGCCCAUUUGUGGUACAGGAUGUGCAACAUCAAUCAAUCAAAAUACUCAYGAAAAUGAAUGUAAAGUGUUAGUUAAAGGAUCAGAAAAAAUCGCCAAAAAUAAUGAUUACAUGUAUGAUGCUAUUACUCCUUUAAAAUGUCUAUUAUUACAAUUCACAAAUAAAAACAAAUGGAAUUGUCUAAUGGAAUUAGAGAGUCACAUGGAAUACAGAGGCCCAGAAUCAGAAGUAUACGAGGAGAUYAAUUCAGUAUAUAAUUAUUUAAAAAAUAAUUAUUUGAGUGGAGAAGAAUUUGAUACUUCGUCAGACCUUAUACACAAAAUUUGUGGUAUUUUAGACAUAAAUGCUUUAGACGUUCUAGUAGCCGGAUUAGAGUUAACUGCUAUAUACCCUACAGUAAGCAAACUAGAACACAACUGUUUACCAAACACUGGCAUAUCAUUUGAUAAAUGUGGACGUAUUUAUGUUUACGCUUCUCGUAAAAUUGCCAAAGGUGAACAUAUAACUACCAUGUACACUAACGCGUUAUGGGGAACCCGAGAACGAAGAGCUCAUCUUUUGUCAACAAAAUAUUUUAAAUGUAAUUGUAAAAGAUGUUCCGAUGCUACAGAACUGGGUACUMAUUUUAGUACUAUUGUAUGUAACGUGAAAGAUUUUUGUAAAGGAAAUCUCACUCCAAUACAUCCUUUAGAUGAUUUCAGUGAAUGGGAGUGUGAUAGGUGUCCGACAACUAUUUCAUCAGAUAAAAUUGAUGCAAUUUUAAUAGGGUUAAAUCACAUUGUUGAUAAAGCUCUUCAAAAUCCAAGUAUAAAUUCACUAGAAGAUGCUUUUUCAAAAUUAAAAACACGUGUUCAUUCAAAUCAUUACUUAUGUUUUAAUGUAAAACAUACAUUAAUACAGCUAUAUGGUCAUUCAAUGGGUUACAAACAUUCAAUGCUAACUGAUGAUUUAUUGAAAAGAAAAAUUGAACUAUGCAGAGACAUGUUUUUCGUACUAAACAUCAUUGAUCCAUUAUACACACGAUUGAACAUUUAUACUUCAGUGAUAUUAUAUGAACUUCAUUUGGCUUUGUUGGAAUCAGCUGCAAGAAUAUCAGAAAAUAAAGCAGAAAGUAAAGGAAUGCUUAACGAAGCUAAAGUGUUAUUAUCUAAAGCAUUAGAUAUACUUAAAAAUGAACCAGAGGGAUCUCCAGGUUUUAAGUUAUUACAAGCUUACAAACCUAAUAUUACUACACUUAACUAGUAGAAAAAUUAAAAAUAAAUUAUAAAAAUUAUCUUUUAUCCAUAGAGAACUAUAAAUAAAUUGUAGUAACAGUAGUCGGUCAUAAGUGCUUGGCCGUAAUUUUAAUUUUUAUAUGAUAAUGAAGAAUUGGUACAAAUAUAAGUAAAAAAAAAAUAUAAUUAAAUCAAAUUAUUAAACUGUAAAUUAGUAAUUGUAGCUGUAGUAAAAAUUAGAAAUUCUAAAACUUGAGGGGCUGAAACCUUGCUAAUCUGCUUCUGGUUAUAAUUGUAGUUGAGACUUGAGUAUUAUUAUUAUUUAUGAGUUUUUAGUUAUUACAUAUUUGUUAUUAUUAUCUACAU